AUACUAUGCUCCUACCUACACUAGGUAUUACCUACUCUACAAUUUAGGUACUACCCUUGACUCAUAGAACAUGAGCCGUCAAUUCAUCCCCCUAUGAUCACGCCGCCCCCACGAAAUCAUGUCGGUGCUCCUUGAAACAAGCGCCGGCGACAUCGUCAUCGACCUGUUGGUUGACUAUGCCCCAAAGGAAUGCGAAAACUUUCUUAAGCUCUGCAAGGUCAAAUAUUACAACUUCUCGCCCGUUCAUUCUAUCCAGCAAAACUUCUCCUUCCAAACCGGUGAUCCCCUCGGUCCAAUCUCUGCCUCCUCCGAUGGAGGUUCUUCUAUAUGGGGCCUUAUGUCUGGCUCCUCCAAGAAGACCUUUCCUGCCACCUUCCAUCCUAAACUGAGGCAUCUCGAGAGAGGAACUGUGUCCAUGGCUACCGCCCCACACCCUUCUGAUCCUGAUGCUCGCGUGGCCGGGAGUCAGUUCAUCGUCACUCUAGGUGAUAACACGGACUACUUGGAUGGAAAAGCCGCGAUAUUUGGUAAAGUCGUUGAAGGAUUCGAUGCUCUCGAAAAGAUCAACAACGCGAUUACUGACAAAGACGGACACCCCCUCGUCGAUAUUCGGAUAAAGCAUACUAUUAUCCUUGACGACCCGUACACCGAUCCACCCGGGCUGCGAGAACCUAGCCAAUCGCCCCCGCCAUCCAAGGCACAGCUUGCCACCGUACGAAUCGACGACAAUGCCCCCCUAGCGGAAGACAUUGAUGAAGCGGCCGCCGAGAAGGCCCGGCGCGAGAGGGAUGCGCGCGCCCAGGCCCUCACCCUAGAAAUGAUGGGUGAUCUCCCUUUCGCCGAAGUGAAGCCCCCGGAAAACGUGCUUUUCGUUUGCAAGCUUAAUCCCGUUACCACUGAUGCCGACCUCGAGCUCAUCUUUAGCCGAUUCGGCAAGAUUCUAUCAUGCGAAGUAAUACGCGACAAGAAGACGGGCGAUAGUUUACAGUAUGCCUUUGUCGAAUUCGAAGACAAGAGCGCGUGCGAGGCUGCCUAUUUCAAGAUGCAAGGAGUGCUGAUCGAUGACCGAAGAAUACACGUAGACUUCAGCCAGAGCGUGAGCAAAUUGGCGGAGGUUUGGCGAGGCGGCGAGAAUGCGAAGCGGAAAAGACGGCAUGAUGGAGGCGGCUGGGGUGGCGUAAAGAGUUUGGAGAAAUGGAGAAAGUAUAGGGAAGAAGAUGGUCACGACGACGACGAGAGCCGCUACAACAUGGUUUAUGGUGAUGAGGAGAUGCGCGGUCGACACGAGCGUCAGAGGGAUGGUGAAGAGGGAGUUGGGGAUCGACCCGAGAAUGUAGGUAAAGGCCGUGGGGGGGAUCGAAACCGGGGCUGGGACCGAGGCCGAGGUGGUCACCAACGCAACAGAGACAGAGAACCCCAACGGCGAAGUAGGAGUCCUAUGAGAAACAAACCUCGAGACGACAGAGGUCGAUCCAACGAAACCGGAAGGAAUGAGCGUACCAGGCCUCGACAUGACAACCGAUAUCAAACAGACCAGGAUAGAGAUCGUGAACAAUACCGCCGAAGAUAGUAAUAUCACCCACUACCAUGAUGCCAAGAUGAUCGCAAGAAGGAUUCCAUUACCCAAGAAACUACGAAUCGGUACUCCCCAUCUCGCUACUGCAAUGACAUGAGUGUUCAGGUAGAGACGGCUUAGCCUGAAGUCAUGAAAGAAGGCUAAUCAAUAUCCAUUACUAAUAUAGUCUCGUUCUGCCAUAGACCAU